GUCACGCCUGCUGUAGGAUUAACUUACCCCGUUGAUGCUAUUACAUCACUUGAAGCAGCUAUGAUGUCAACUUGCAUUCCUGGUACUACUUGUACUGAUAGACCAGCUUCUAGCUGCGUCUCUACUUGACCUGACUACCUGACUAUUUGCAACAUCUUCUUUCUCAGAGAAACGUUGACUAUACACCGUCUUUCUAGCAUCAAGAAACCGUUCUCUACGACACGAUACGAACAACAGUCAAUCAAAAUGUCCUCCUCACUAUUUCUCCGCCGGUCCCUCUUGCGCCCAUCUACUUUCUCUCCUGCACGAACACCAGCGAUUCGAGCCUCCCUCCGUCAAACCUAUGCCACCACCACCAAAGGAGACAGCAAGUCCGCCACGAGCCUGGGUACAUCUUCCCCAAAACCCAGCGACAGCGAGGCCGAGGGCGAUGUCAAGUCGAGUCGGUCUCUGGACGGAAAGAAGCAGGAAAGUGGCAGCAGCGUUCAGCAGCCAGUUAGUGAAACUGGGGAAACAUGGGACGAGGAAGGAAGCGCCGCAGGCACGAAAGACCCGAACAAGCCUGCGGGCCAGAAGAGAGAGGAGAUCCUGAAGGAGGGACAGAAGCCUCUUGAUUCGGCGGAUAAGCCUGUUGAGGGUUCACGAUCAUGAGUGCUAGCCGAGGAAGGGUGUUCACUAUGCCAUAAUGCGGAGCUAUGAGAGCAGACAGGUGCCAAAAUAUCAAUAAGAGUGGAAUACUUGCGCGGUGAUCGUACAAAUGCUCCUGCCUUGAAUCUACUGCUUCCAGAUCGACAUGCUACAUCGCUGAUAUAUCAUGAUAUACUGAAAGCCCCCUCGUGCGUUCUCAUCUGCCUGUGAUGCAGUCUUUUACCCAACUGGCCGUACCCAUCCUGGAUUUGACACCAGGUCAUGCUUUGUCUCGUCAAUGCCAGACAAAGAAC